AUGGAUGGGUCGGUGCAGUGCACAGUAAACCUGCGGGAGGAGCUGACCUGCGUCAUCUGCUGCGACCUGUUCAGCGAGCCCGUCAUGCUGGACUGCAUGCACCACUUCUGCAAGGCCUGCAUCCAGGGCUACUGGGACAGCUGUGACCGCGUCCCCUCCUGCCCCCAGUGCCGCCGCGAGUUCCCCGGCCGGGCCUUCCGCACACACUACCUGCUGGCGGGGCUGGUGGAGAAGGUGCGGCGCUGCGGCUCCGCGGAGCACCGGCACAAGAUGCAGAAGCACCUGGAGGAGGCUCUGCAGGCCCGUCGGGAGGAGAUGGAGAGCCUGGCUCGGAGGAAGCGCGCGGCGCAGGAGGCGAUGGGAGGCCUGACGAAUGUGUCUGGGGAGCUGAAUGUGAAGAUCCGGGCAGAGUUUUCCCACCUCCAUCAGAUCCUGGAGGAAGUGGAGAGGGCUGUGCUGGCAGAGCUGGGCAAAAAGGAAGAGCAGUCGCUGGUGCAGCUGCGCGGGGACGUGCAGCGUCUGGAGGAGGGGAUGUCAGUGCUGCAGAGGGACAUGGAGCGCAUAGAGCAGGCCCUGAGCAUGAUGGAAGAGGUGUCACUGCUGGAGGUGGAGAGCCUGGAUAUCAGGCCCUCGGUGUGUGUGGAGACCCAGCCUGCCUUCGACCUGGAGCGCUACAGGGACAGCCACGGUGGCCCCUUGCAGUACAUUUUCUGGAGACAGAUGCUGCGCUCCAUCUGCCCCGCUCCUACCCCGCUCACCUUCGAUCCUGAAUCAGCUCACCCCAGCCUGGUCUUCUCCAGGGACCUGACGGCGGUGACAGAGAGGAAUCGACCCUGCGCCGUCCCCAGCAGCCCCCGGCGCUUCCUGCAGUGCGUCAACGUCCUGAGCUCACAGACCUUUGACAAUGGCAAGCACUACUGGGAGGUCUGGGUGGGCACCAAAACCAAGUGGGACCUGGGGGUGGCUGCUGAGGACGUGGACCGAGCGGCGAAGGUCAAGCUGUGCCCGGAGAACGGCUACUGGACACUGCGCCUGCGGAACAGGACAGAGUACUGGGCCACCACCACCCCCGGGGUGCGCCUGGCUCCCCGUCGGCCUCCCCGGAAAGUGGGGGUCUUUCUGGACUGCCAGGAGGGCACUGUUGCCUUCUUCGAUGCAGGGGACAUGUCCCAUCUCUUCACCUUCCACCAGGUCUCUGCAGAGAGAUACUGCCCCUUCUUCAGCACCUGCUUCAGCGAUGGGGGGGAAAACGUGGCGCCCAUGUACCUCUGCCGCCUCUCCCUGUGA